AUGCCGGAAUCUAGCUCAAGCUUCUCGUCGUCUCUCACUCUCCUACUCAUCAUUUUCCUCUUCCUUCUACUAUGCACAUCGAUUUCCUCUGCUGAAUAUGAGGUUCGUGUUUUGGAUCGGGCGCUAUUGGAGAUCCGGAAAAAUCCGACUAAAAAAAAGCCCAAGUGCUGCGAGAUGCGAACCAGAUCUCAGUGUUCGGAUUACCCUAGAUGCAGGUGGUGUCGAAGCGAAGCUCUCGACGACUUGUGCUUUGGUAAAUCCGAAGCCUUGCGACUUCCAAGUCAAGUCUUCCUCUGUGAGUUAUGA